UGCUGACACUAGUGGACCACCAGUGAUGAACGAUAACAUUAGCAGCUAAUAUGUCAUCUUCCUUAUUAUUAUUAUUGGGUAGGUGAGGUGUGAGGAUGUGGGUGAGGUUUACACAGACCCACAAACGGUUUGCAGCCCGCUACGAGUCCAUUUUGUCAGACUCGUCAGAUGAAAGACCAAGUCUUCAUACAUCCAUUUUAUGAGGUAGACAGUGGUGUCAGACCUUCUCUCAUCGGGUUUGGUCCUUGUCGCCAAAAUAAACACACAUCUACUUACAAACUGGAAGCAGCGUUAGCAGCAGGAGCACAGAGCCAGUCCCCCUUCACCCUUCCCAAUGGCCACCGCGCGCUUCCCCGGGAAGAGUGUGGACGUGGCCGCCGUCAACUGGACCCCUCCAUCGCUGGGCAGGCCGCUGUGUGUUAACGGGACGCCAUGGAUCCUGUACCUGCUGGAGGAGUGUGUGGAUAAUGUGUGGGAGUAUUGCAGCGUGGUGAUAGGGCUCAUAUCCAUGUUCUGUUUUCUGCUGUCCACAUUGCCGCAGGUCUAUGAGGCCUAUCGAAAUGGUAAAGUGGAGGAGGCCAUGUCUUUUGGCUUUCUCUUCUUCCUCUUCAGUGGAGACCUGACCAGCUUUGCAGGUUGUUACCUCACUAGCCAGCUGCCUAUUCAGGUAGUCACAGUGGUGUUCUACAUCUUCACAGACCUGAUCCUCAUCUCCCAGUUUCUCUACUAUAAGAUCAAGAACAGCUCCAGCAGAAAGAGCCCUGUGUUGAAGUGGCUGUGCUUCAUGUGGUGUAGUGCUGCUACGUUAGUCCUCCUGGCUUUACCCAAGCUCAUCAUAGACAAUAGUGUAAGCUUAGACACCCAGAGUCCAACUACCUCUAAAUCAGUGGAAAUCACUGGCUAUAUAUGUGGAUACCUGGCAUCUAUCUUCUACCUCUGCUCCCGUUUCCCCCAACUCUAUAAAAAUUUCCAGCGACAGUCUACAGAGGGGACCUCUUACCUGUUGUUUGCCCUGGCCAUGAUGGGCAAUGGGACGUAUGGGUUGAGUGUCAUUGUGGUCCUACCUGCACUGAGGGGCUCCAAACAGACGUUCAUCAUCAAACAUCUGGCCUGGCUCAUUGGCAGCCUGGGAGUCCUCAUACUUGACUUCUUUGUGACUGCCCAGUUCGUCAUGUACAGGAAGAACAACUCUGCUAAAAGCAGUAUGCUACUCAGAGUCCCAGAGGUGGAGCCACUUCUGUGUGAGGAAGAAGAACUGUCCUUGUUAUAGGACACAAAAUGGACAACAACUUGGACCACUUAGUCAAGAGAGGAGCGGUUACUCUGCACUUUGUUUUUCACCAUUUUUUGGGUUCUUUUUGAUUAUUGAUUUAUUCAUAAUACAUUGAGAAAACAGAGACAUUGCAGAAGCAUUUUGUAAAUAUGGGAACCAAUGGAGCCAGCAGGUAAUUCAAGUGCAUCUUUGCAGUCUGAUUUUUUGCUCUUAAAAAGACCCACAGUAUUAUCAUCUCCUCUGUGCUUUACUGUACAUGUAAGAUGAGGUCAAGACAUUUUUCUUAACACUGGAGAGUAAGUUAGAUUAAACACCACUUAAGAGACAUUUCACGGUGUCUCUUCAGGCAGCCGUGUCGGCAUCACUCUAGUCUCUUUCUGGUUAUGAGCACUGUUGUUUUUGAUUAAUUAUUCCACCGGGAUUUCCUGACUUCAUUUUGAAUGCAAUAACUGUAUUUUUAUUUGCCACUGGGGAGCACACACACUCAGAGGAGGAAGCUUUAUGCCAGAUGUCUUCACAAAAUACAAGCUUUAUGGAAGAACCAAGUGCCUGUUACAUUUCCACAUUUUUGACAGGGUAAAUACUGCUGUAGCGGAUGGCAGUAUUAUAUUAGGAUGCAGGAUUUAGUCUUUUUCUCACCGUCUUUGGUAUUUUAGUGAUAUAGAAUACAGAGUUUGUGUGAGCACAGUAAUCGAGGAACCAACACUCAUGUUUUAAUGUGAAGUUGACAGAUAGUUUGGUCUUCCUGGGUUCAAUAUCUGAACGAUUAGCUGUUUUGCUAACAGGAAUUUGUCAUGAACAAAACAUAAGAUCACUAGACUCACAGUUUGCAUGACAUUACAUAGACCGGAUGUAAAUGUCUGCAGAGGCCAUGCCUCCACCUGAAAGAUGUUCAUUUGACUGCAGGUGUACCACGGCCUCAUUGCUACUUCAAAUGGAUGAUGCAUUUCUCUGCUUUCCUUGAGAAAUUAUUUGUUUGUGCCUUUUUAAACUAAUAUAAAUGCAUUGUAUAUCCAUUUCAAAACUAAAUUAUUUUAAAAUUAAAUUGAGUUAGAUUUCUAAACUAUUGACAGUGAUUUAUUUAAGUGACAGUUUUUUGUAGAAAAUGCAGUGAAACCUUUUGAAUAGCAUUAACUGUUAAGUUUCUUUGUUACAGGAUCCUCUUUCUUUUCCUGACAUUCAUUAAAGAAAUGACUCUUUAAUAUUGUAUUUAAGACAGAUCUAAGAAUAGGAACACUAAUAGGAUGUUAUUGAAAUACUUGUUAAAGUAAUGAGCUUCACAAUCCGUUUGCACAUUUAAUGUGUUUAUACUCUGUCAUCAGGUUUAAAGCAGAGAAGCUGCUCUUGUCAAAUCAAAUUUAUUUAUAAAACACCUCUCCCUUAAUAGCUUCAUUAAAGAAUAACACAAAACAAAUAGAUGACAACAAGGGAGAGCAAGAACAAAACAGAACAAACAGUUGUCUUACUGAUGAGCAGUUCAUGUAAAGCAAAUACUCGUUUAGAUCAUACAAAAAACUAAUAUCUGCUCAACGUUGUGCCAAAUUUUCAAUAUUUAUGUGGGGUUGUCACUGUUUUACCUAUUCAGCUAUGUAACUAAAGCACUUGCAGAGAUCUGCAGCUUUCUCUACCUCAUUGUAAUGUGAAAAUGAUUUAUUUCUCCCAGUGUGCAUGAUGAGCUUCUAACUGGAGCACAGUGCUUCGUGUGUGGGAAAAUUAAUUGGGUAUUGCAUUUAAAGAUGGGACUAUUGAAAUUGAAAUAUAAAAUUUAUUUGGUUACAUCUAAACUACCAUGUUUCCAAAAAUAACAGUUGAUAAGUAUAUGUUGGUCAUUAUUACCACAAAAAACCGAGCAACAUGACUGACCUUUUUUCUGUUCGUAGCCAAUCAGGUGAUACAAUAAUGUGAAUUUAUGUAGAUAUUGGGGGAUUUGGUCUAGCUUUAUUUACAAAAAAAUUUUUACCAGUAAAUGUAGUUUUUACAAAUUAUUUUUAUAUUGCACGAUUUAUACUUUGAUCCCUUCUCAUUUCCUUUUAAAUGAGUCUGAUCUACUUUUUCAGUCUAGCACAAAAAAGUACCUGUUUAUUGUAUAUAUUAUCUCUCUAUACUGUAGAACAUGUAUUAUUUAUGACUAUAGUUUUUACUUUAAAUGUGUCACUGUAUUGUUAAUAUGUAUUUAUUUUCUUUAAACACAACAUUUCAUUAUUGUCAGAUGCAUUUAAGUUAUAUUGUAAUUCUGUGCUCUGUGCCAGGAUAUGUUUACUUAUAUUGUCAUCUGAUAAUAACUAUAGAAAACAUGGUCAUUAACUGUAUGCAUAUUGUACAAAACUUGAAUAAA